AGUGUAUUCCCUACCACAACUCGUACGGCAAUAGCUUUCUGCCCCAACCAAUACAAACCAUCGACUACAGCGAUCACGAUCAUUGUCACACACACCUACAACGUGAGGAGGGACACACUGCAUAUUUCACGUUGACAACAGUAGCACGCAAAGCAUGCGAGCGAGCCUGUCCCCACCCCUUGCGAGCCUCGAAACGGCUGCUGUUGAAGUUGAUGAUGUUGCAGCGGCCGCUACAGCGCCGCUGACUUUGCCACCACAUCGCCGUGCAGCGAUGUAUGUAGCAAUGCGGGGCAACACGCAGCAGGUGUGGCUUCCAGGCAAUUAUUGCCUCCUGCUUCCCCAACAACCCAGCACAGCAAGCAACAGCAAGACAUCAACACCGCUUGCUCCACGCGUCACUUGCCAGCCAUCCCCACCUGCGAUGAAGUCGCCCAAGUGCAAGAACCGCCACUUUGCCCGCAGCAACCACCUUCCUGCACCCCACUUUCUUUGGGCCGCCGCACUCGCGCAACAGCCAGGCCCCGGUCCACGUCCACAUCACCGUCCCCUUUGACCACGACGUACCCCACACCCCUCAAAGGCCUUUCGCUCCACCCUGCUCUGGGUCACAGCAUAUCGGACAUUAGUGUGACGACAGCCGCUGAGCCACAUCCAGCUCCCCAGACACAAUGGUGCUGCGGUCUGCUGCCUCCAUCCUGUUUCUCCUCGCCGCCUCGGGUGCGCUCUUCGUGGGCACCAUGGGUGCAUCCACAACAUCCAGAGACAGCACGCCGCGCUCGCCCUCACCUACUGCGUCCACGCAGACGGCUGCUGUGCCCGCGUGCAGGCCUCGUCCGGCGGUCGCUGAUCCCACGGUCAUCGUUGGGCUUGGAGAUGCCAUUGGUAAGUGGGCGGGCGGCGUCCUUGCCGGCAACGGUCUCAUCUUCGGCAUCCCCUUCCACGCCACGUCCGUGCUGAUCAUCGACCCAGCCACCAACACGGCCGACACCACCACCAUGGUGGGCGUUGGCGCUGGCGGCGGUCGGUGGGCGGGCGGCGUUCUAGCACCCAACGGCCUCAUCUACGGCUUCCCGCACGACGCUGUCUCCGUCUUGGUGAUUGACCCCAACGCCAACACCACAGACACGACCAGCAUCGCCGGCGUGGGCCGUGGGGGUGGCAAGUGGAGCAGCGGCGUCCUCGCGCACAACGGCAUCGUGUACGGCAUCCCUUCCUCGUUCACAUCUGUGCUCAUCAUCAGCCCAGCCACCGGCACCGCGGACACAACCAGCAUCACGGGCCUGCCAGCCGGCGGCGCCAAGUGGCAUGGUGGCGCCGUGGCCAGCAACGGGCUCAUCUACUGCAUCCCGUGGGCAGCCACCGCCGUCCUCAUCAUCAACCCAGACACCAACACAACAGACAUCACCACCAUCGCUGGGCUGCCGCGCGACUAUCCAUGGCGUGGCGGCCGACGCGCAGGUGCAGCCGGCAAGAUCUACGGCAUGCCGUUCCGUUCACCGUCGGUCCUCAUCAUCGACCCUGCCAACAACAGUACUGACACGACAACCAUCACCAACCUGCCGUCGCGCAACUCAAAGUGGAGCGGGUGCUCCCUGACCCCCGAUGGGCGCAUCGUUGGCAUCCCCUCGGCAGCCACCACCGUCUUCAUCGAUCCCGCCACAGACACCGCCCGCGUGGUCGUGCUGAAGGGCCCGGGGCUGAGCGAUGUGGCCGGCGGUGAUGGCAAGUGGUUUGAUGGCGUCCUCGCCAACAACGGCCUCGUCUACGGCAUUCCCUGGGACGCCGACGCCGUGCUCGUCAUGGACCCUGGGUGCUGACGAUGUUGCGUGCGUGUGUGUGUGUGUGUGUGUGUGUGU